AUGGCUCAACCUUCUCUCGCACCUCAGCCGAAGCCAUGGGAGACACUUUCUCCUCACCAGGAAGCGAUGAUCGAAGCAUGCAAGGCUGGUCAGAUCUUUGAGCUAAAUAACUUGUUCGACGAACACCAUGUCAAGGAAGGAUCCGAGCCUAUUUCUUCUUACCAAGCAAAACAAGAAGGCGCACCCGCGACUGAUCUGCUAUUUAAGGCAGCCAUUUCUCAUGGGCAACAGUCAAUCGUCCGAUGGCUGCACUCAAUGUAUCCGACAUACGACUUUCAUAAUCCUUGCAUCGUCAGGGCGCUGGGGGCAACGCGAAACGUUGACAUGCUCAAGUUAAUCCACUCCUACUACCCUCGAAUUGUCAGCUACUCAUUCGAUGACCACAGGACGUCUAUGAUGAGCUUGGCUAUUGCACAGGGGCCGGAGAAUGGACCCUUCAUUCACUUUCUUCUGGAUCACGGAGCAAUAUCCAUGAACGAUGGCGGAUACCUCGUCCAUGGCGGAGCCGAAUUGUGCCCCGCCAUCGAAUACAAUCAGCCGAUAGAUGUCAUCAAGAAAAUGAUCCCGAAGACUCGGUUUCUGAUAUCCCCGCUGCUUAUGGCAAUUGAUCACAAGCGUGCGGACGCAGUCGAGGUACUCUUAGCCGAAGACCAUGCCAGGAGGAGACAAGUUGGGAUGGAGGAUUAUUUGCAAGAGCCGCUGAAGGCUGCGCAGAAAACAAACGACAAGGAUACUAUCGCCGUGAAAUUACGAGCCUCGAAGAAAUGGUGGCAGUUCGGCACAGGAGCGAAGCGCGAAGAUAACACAGGAGGCCCGGAGUCCAGCAACUUCAACCGGCCAGGCAGGUCAAGCUGGUGGAGCUCGCUGUCAAAGAGUGGAAAUGAAGGAAAGUCUGGAGAUGUCAGUCGGCAGGAGAGGAAGGAGAUGGAGCCCUACGACUCUUCCACGGACGAGGAAAGCGAGCCAGAACUCGGAGAAAAGGCAUCGACGCCCCCAAAGAAGCUAGGCUGA